CGUCAAUGUAUCUGCGCUGGACUUUAUCGGUAUCAUACACUUGUACUGUUGUAACCCGACAUCGAAUGUACCACCGAUCAGAUAGAUAUGAGCCUGCGGCGUUUUGCGAAUGUCGCGCACGCCUCGGAUAGAUCUUGUCAGGACGUGCUUGUGCGAUGAAUUCGGGUGUCUCGUGUCAGACAUGGCUAGAUUGUAUGUCGGAUGCGCAAUGCAACGGAUCGUGUUCUUCACAGCUCCCUGCGUUCUUCCUGUCUUGCAUUUUGCGACCCAAGAACGGCGAUUGCAAUAUACACUCGGUCUGGAUAUUGGAUACCGUAUCAGUAUAUCAUGAUUUAAUCCGUCCUCGAGGCUAAGCGGACCGUCCACCGUGGCAUCACCAUUCAUGACGUUGAGUGCGAACGGCGCCCAUCUGUUAUCCAGGGCCCAUAGAUAUCCGCUUCGACUUCGGUUGAUGCAGCGGGCCUUGUGCGCCUUAACCUAUAAGUAGCUGUCGACACCCACAACGGGCUCGUCAUUGAUCGUGAUCUUCUUCCUCCUCACUUCCUCCCUCCGCUGAUCCAUGGACGCGGUAUCAUCGCCCAUCGGUGCCGCCUGUACCGCCGCCGCCUUGCUGGCCGCUGUGUACUUCGUCAAGCAACGGAUUUCCUAUUCGCGGCGCAGCAACGUGGCCCGGAUCCCGGGCCCGCCCUCGCGCUCGUGGCUGCUCGGCAACAUGAUGGACUUCUUCCUCCCUCCGGAGUACGGCACGUACGAGAUGGCGUGGCAGCGGGAGUACGGGCCCGUGUACCGGCUCAGUGGGUGUCUCGGGACGGACCGGCUCAUGCUCUCUGACCCGCUGGCGCUCCAGGCCCUGAUGCACGGGCACGACUUCGACCACGAUCGGGUGCUGGGGACCACCGUCGGAUUCAUCUUCGGCAAGGACAGCGUUAUCGCGACGCGAGGUGGGUCCAAUCCGUGCCUCUCAUCACCCGGUGUGGAGUGCGUGUCGGAUGGAGAUGCUUAUAUCGCAUCACACUCGACAGGGGCUGAUCACAAACGUCUGCGCGCGGCCUUGAGCUCGAUGUUCAACGCCGGCGCGACGCGCGGCUACGUGUCGGUCGUGCAGAAGGCGGCGCUCGAGGUUGUUGAGUUCCUGGACUCACAAGAGGUGGACGGCAGGGCGACGGAUGUGUGUCCCGCCCUGCACUCGGCUGCCUUGCGGAUUAUAAGCGAGAUCGUGGUGAGCGAUCCGGAUGCGGUGAGCACGGAAUACUCGCAUGUGAAUGCCCAGCUCGCCGAGCUGCCGUGCAACCGGACACCCGCCAGCCUCAUCACAGAAUGCAUCAUGUCGCUGCUCCCGCCCGUCUUCAUGGAAUCCAUGUUCGCCUACGCGCCUGGCUCGCCGCCUAGCGUUUUCAGACAAGCUCGCGAUCUCGGUACGCGAUUCGGCCACGAUAUCGUGCGUCGCAAACUGGAGGAAGCGGAGGCGGAUGGUGUCGAGCUGGAUGGCGAUGUCCUGGGCGAAAUGCUCAAAUCAGUUCGCACGAAAGGGAACAAGCACCAAUUGACGGACGGCCUCAUCGCUGAUCAAGCCGCUGUCCUCAUCUUCUCAGGACAAGAGACUACUGCUUCGACGUUGACCUUCUCCCUUUGGGAACUUGCCCGCAAUCCGGAGUUGCAGGCUGAACUGCGGGACGAGAUCGUGUCCAAGGCGGACAUAGACCCAGAUCCAAGCGUUCUCGAAAAUAUGCCCCUACUGAAUGCCUUCAUCAAGGAAGCUCUGCGUCUCUAUCCCGCUGAGGCUUCGACUGACCGCACGGCAACUGUCGAUACUGUCCUCCCCAUGUCCCAGCCCAUUCGCACACCGUCCGGGGAAGUGAUCAGCGAGAUUCGGAUCCGGAAGGGUCAAUUGGUGACUGCUGCCAUCGGAUCUUACCAGCGAUUGGAAUCGUGCUGGGGUCCUGAUGCUCAACAGUUCCGACCGUCGCGGUGGUUGAAUGGCGAAAAUUAUCAGGCGCAGACUUUGGGUGCCUAUGCUAAUCUGUUCACUUUCUGGGGAGGGGCGCGUAUGUGUCUCGGCUGGCGACUUGCCGUCCUCGAGAUGCAAGUCAUGAUCUUCGAGCUGCUACGUCGAUUCACAUUCUCCGUCUCACCUGAGGCGGAGGUGAAGGUGCUCAUGGGCCAGAUUCUCGUCCCGGUCUAUAAGAACAAGCAUGGGAAACGAAUGAAGGGGAUUCCUCUUCUAGUAAAACGACUCGAAUGAGCUCUGACGAAAGCUAUGAGACACGACUACGGACGUUGCUUUGAUUGUUUAUCUGGUUCUACGACAUUCUUAUUGUUGUAUAUUCUCUGUACGUGUUGUUGUUGUGAUCGGUAAACCAGUAGCUGUGGACUGAGCGGAAAGUUGCUCGACCUCUGCUCAGCUCUGCACGCUAGGACAGCAUAAACAGAAUAGAUGGAUUGAAAACCGAAUCGA